AUGAGCACUGGUAGACGCAUCACUGGGUUGGAUUUGGGGAAUUAUAACAGUAAAGUCUGUAUCUUCAACAACGGCGAGCCUGUUGCCAUGUCACUGAAGCAGGGUUCCUUUUCCAUUCCAACUCUGAUAAUUAACUGUGACGGGGAGAAGCAGUAUGGAUAUCAAGCCUCCAUGAUAUCACAAACUAACAAGGAUCAUGUAGCAUUCGAGUUACUCUAUUAUUUACAUAUAAAGAAAAUGCUGAGUUUUAUGCAGAGGGAUGCACAUUCGAUCAUUCCAAGCUGGUCGCCAUUAAAGACUGGUGAGAGAGUAUUCUUUAAAUUGGGACACAAUGACUAUCUUGAUCUAAACGAUGCGAUCAAAGGUUAUGUGGAGUAUUUGUUGGAUUGUGCUUCGGAGUAUUUGUCUUAUGGGAAAACGGAUAUCCUUGCUGUGAGUGUACCCAUUUACCACAAUUUUGAAAUCAAAAACCAGCUCCCACAGCUUUUUGACGGUCUUUCUCUUUCUUACUCUUUGUUUUGGGAGCCUGAAGUGGGCGUGUUGGCUCAUAUCUAUAACCAAAAGAAAAGGCAGACAAAAGACUUUGUGUUGUUUUGUUCGUAUGGUUCUUUGUCCUUUGAUGUGGCUCUUGUGAGCACAAAGCAGAAUAUUCGGAUUGUGAAGGAGGAUGGUCGCUAUUCCGUAGAAUGUAAGCUGUUUGGAGGAAAGUACAACACGACGUUAAUUCGCAGGCAUUUGGACAACAUGUAUAAAGACUAUAAGUUGAAAGAUGUUUCAAAGUUACAGUCGAUAGCGGAGCAAAUCAAGCUUGCCUUCUAUACGGAAGAUGAAUACUAUUUUGAUUUGCAGGAAAUAGCGGACGACGCUCCGUCCUGUACGUUGUGCGUGGAGGAAGAGGAUAUUAGGAAGAUUCUUUCUGAACCCACCAAGUCUCUCUUGGAGGAAAUGCGCGGAGCUUUGAGCGGACAUAAUAUCUCCGAUACUGAAAUUGUGAUUUGUGGGAAAGAGGCGCGGUCGCCCAUUUUUAAAAACUCGGUGAUAUCGCACUUCAAUGAUUUUGAAGUGACGUGGUACGAUUAUGAAGAAGCGCUCUGUGCCGUGGGAGCUUGCCUCGCGCAGGCUCAUUGUAACAAUGGGAUCGAUGGGCUUUUGAAGUACAAGAUCGAUCCCAUAUACCGAAAAGAGCAUACAGACUAA